GCCGGCAGGGGCGGGGCGGGGCCCCCGUGCGCGCGCGCAGCUCCCUCUCCUCCCCCUGCCCCCGCCCCCUCCUCUUGGCCGCAGCCCCUCUCCCGCCCGCCGCCGCGUGUCGGACAAUAGCAGCGCGCGCCGCAGCCCCCCCGCGCGCCCGCCCCCCCCCCCCCGCGCGUGGCCUCCAUGCGGGGCUGAGCGCGCCGAGGCUGCCGCAGAGCCCGGCGGGCGCGGGGGAGGAGCCGGGGCCCGGCCCCUGCGGGCUGCGGGGGGCGGCGCUGAGGAGGAGCCGGGGCCCGGCGGCGGCGGGGGCGCCGCGGCUCUUCAAUGGAAGUAUGUUACCAGCUGCCGGUGCUGCCCCUGGACAGGCCGGUCCCGCAGCACGUCCUCAGCCGCCGGGGCGCCAUCAGCUUCAGCUCCAGCUCCGCGCUCUUCGGCUGCCCCAACCCCCGGCAGCUCUCGCAGAGGCGUGGAGCAAUUUCCUAUGACAGCUCUGAUCAAACUGCAUUGUAUAUUCGUAUGCUAGGCUCUUGUGUAAUAUUCAAACAGCUGAGCACAAGAGAUGUGCGAGUAAGAAGUCGGGCAGGAUUUGAAACAGAGAGAAGAGGUUCUCAUCCAUACAUUGAUUUCCGUAUUUUUCACUCAAAUUCUGAAAUUGAAGUCUCUGUGUCUGCAAGGAAUGUCAGAAGGUUAUUAAGUUUCCAGCGGUACCUGAGAUCUUCUCGUUUCUUCCGUGGCAUUACUGUUCCAAACUCCUCAAACAUUUUAGAUGAUGAUUAUAAUGGACAAGCAAAGUGUAUGCUGGAGAAAGUUGGAAACUGGAAUUUUGAUAUCUUUCUUUUUGAUAGGCUAACAAAUGGAAAUAGUCUAGUGAGCUUAACCUUCCACCUGUUUAAUUUUCAUGGACUAAUUGAACACUUCCAGUUAGAUACGAUGAAACUUCGCAGAUUUUUAGUUAUGGUCCAAGAAGAUUAUCAUAGUCAAAACCCUUAUCAUAAUGCAGUUCAUGCUGCUGAUGUGACUCAGGCCAUGCACUGUUAUUUAAAAGAACCCAAGCUUUCCAAAUCUCUAACUCCAUGGGAUGUUCUGCUCAGUUUAAUUGCAGCUGCCACACAUGAUUUGGAUCACCCAGGUGUUAAUCAACCUUUCCUUAUUAAAACAAACCAUUACUUAGCAACUCUGUAUAAGAAUACCUCAGUAUUGGAAAACCACCACUGGAGAUCAGCAGUGGGAUUGUUGAGAGAGUCUGGUUUAUUUGCACACAUGUCACUAGAAAAUAGGCAGCUGAUGGAAAGCCAGAUAGGUGCUCUCAUUCUUGCCACAGACAUCAGUCAGCAAAAUGAAUAUCUGUCUGUGUUCAGAACCCAUUUGGACAGAGGGGACUUAUGUUUAGAGGAUGCGAGCCAUCGUCACUUCAUUUUGCAGAUGGCUUUGAAGUGUGCUGAUAUUUGUAAUCCAUGUCGGACUUGGGAGCUAAGUAAGCAGUGGAGCGAAAAAGUAACAGAAGAAUUCUUCCAUCAAGGAGAUAUUGAAAAAAAGUAUCACUUGGGUGUGAGUCCGCUGUGCGAUCGACAGUCAGAAACUGUUGCUAACAUCCAGAUUGGUUUUAUGACUUACUUAGUGGAGCCACUGUUUGCAGAGUGGGCCCGGUUUUCAAAUACCAGGUUGUCACAGACAAUGCUUGGACAUCUGGGACUGAAUAAAGCUAGUUGGAAGGGAAUGCAGAGAGAACAGUCCAGCAGUGGUGAUGAUACAGAUCCUGCUUUUGAGGAAAUGGACUCAGACAUAUUACCUCAGGAAAAUCGAUUGUCCUGACCUCAGAAUCUGCAUGACAAAACUGCCUCUUGGUAUCUGCACAGUUGGGGUUAGAGGAAAAACGUACGACUGCCCAAGGUUUCAGUAUAAACAAUGCCAGCAUUAUUUAUUUCCAAGUUUUCCUUUAACAGACCAUUUGAACCCAAUUUUUAAUUGCAAGAUCUGAACAUAGAGCAAUAUGCAUACAUAUGCCUCAGUUGGCUUUCGUUGGAACCUUGAAUAUGCAAAGCACAGCAAUGACUGAUCCUUGAUGGAACGAUACAAAAAGUUUUAUUACACGCCACACGUGGUUUUAGAGUUUGAAAUAAGGUCUUCAGAACCGAGACUUGACAUGGGUAUUUCCAUUUAUCUUGGAGUUUUGCAAGACUUCCCAUAAACAUGUGCAAAGCAUACCCUUCCAUUUAGUCCCUGUUUCAAAUCUGGAAAUGUGAAGUGCCCAUCCUCUGCUGCCAGUGGCAAGACUUGAUGUUUACAAACCUACUCUGAAACUCUUGGUUCUAGACUUCCCUCUGCACCUGGCUGUGAAGGAACCACUAACCUUGGGUUUUUGGUUUUUAAAAGAAAUCGAAUUUGGGACUGCAGCUCUUUCUUUGGAUGCCAGAAAAGCCUCCCAUUUGCCAUAAUUGUGUUUGUGCACUGGGAAUGGAGCAUUCAUCAUAGAGCACAGCCAAGCUUUACUCCAGUGCUGUAUGGGAAUGCAGUUUUUUAAAAGCAGAAAACACUUCUGAAUUUGGGGAGGGGGGUGGGGGGAGGACAGUCCUAACUGUGUUGCGAUUCUGCAGUGAAAACAUUGCAUGUUGUUUUCACUAUUGUACACUUGAACUGCACAUGCAAGAAAAAGGUGGAAUGUCUAAACACCAUAAUCAGCUCAGGGUAUUUGCCAAUCUGAAAUAAAAUGGGAUGGGAAGUGUGUCCUUCAGAACAAGGGUACAAAUGCCCCUUUCGCUGCAGUAUGUGUGGGUGUGUGAGUGUGCGUGGGGGAAGGGAGGGGAGGGGAGGGAAGGGAUGGGGAAGGGUUUGAAUGGCAACAUUUUUAUUUAUUCUUUUAGAAUGUGACAAUUUCAUGAACAGCCACAUUGGGAGGAACCUGUAACAAAUUGCUACAGAUGCCUUAAACUAUGCACAAAGCUAAGUGACCAAAUUCGUUUUUGAUUGAAAAAAAAAAAAAGACAAAAAAAAAAAGUGCAUUGUUUACUUAUUCCUCCCGCUACUGAAACAUUAACCAUUUAUGGGUUUUUGAUGUGAAAAGGAGAAAUGUUUUUUAGGACAAAAUUUAAGGACUAAUUUUAAACUUCAAACAUUCCAUUUUUGUAAUUUGUUUUACAUUGUUUUAAGUAAAGUAAGCACAACUGUUAUCUAGUUUGAGAGAAACUGGUGCUUUCUUUUAGUUCAUUUGUAUUUCCCUUGUUAUUACUGUAAAAGACUGUUUAUUAAUUUUGUUUACAGUUUGUUGCAACAGCCAUUUUUGGGAGAGCUUCAGUGUAAAGCCAUUUGUAAAGGCUUUGCCAUACUCAUUUUAAUAUGUGCCUGUUGCUGUUAACUUUUAACAAAUAAAAAACUUUUCACAUUA